GACGACACGACCUUUGAGAAGCAGAGCUCGCUCUUUGCCCUCGCUGUCGCUGACGUCAUCAUCGUUAACAUGUGGUGCCAUGACAUUGGUCGAGAGCAAGCCUCCAACAAACCGUUGCUCAAGACGGUGUUUCAGGUGAUGAUGCGCCUCUUCACGCCGCGCAAGGCCACGCUGCUCUUUGUCAUCCGCGACAAGACCAAGACACCCAUGGAGACACUUGAGCCCAUAUUGAGGGAGGACAUUCAGAAGAUAUGGCAGAGUGUGCCCAAGCCACAGAAGCAUCAGGACACACCCUUUGCAGACUUCUUCAACGUGGAGGUCACAGCUCUCCCCAACUUCGAGGAGAGAGAGGAGGAGUUCAAGAGCCAGGUGGCACGUCUGCGCGAGCGCUUCCAGGACUCGGUGGCGGAGGGGCGGCUGGCGGGGGACCGGCGGGGGGUGGUGCCGGCAUCGGGCUUCCCCCUGAGCGUGGCGGAGAUGUGGCGCGUGAUCAGGGAGAACAAGGACCUCGACCUGCCCGCUCACAAGGUGAUGGUGGCGACGGUGCGCUGCGAGCAAAUUGCUGCGGAAAAGCUCGCCCUGCUGCAGGAGAGCGAGGAGUGGGUGGAGCUAAAGGCGGAUGUGGAGGCGGGCAGGGAGGCGGAGCACUUUGGUGGGCGGGCCGAUAAUCUCGCAGCUAAUGCUCUCGCCACAUACGAUGCGGAGGCGGCAUACUUUGAGGAGGGCGUGAGGGACAGCAAGCGUCAGUUCCUGCUCAAAGGCAUGAGCGCCCUCAUCCGCCCGGUGCACACGGCAGUGGUGGCUGCAGCAGCAGCGCGCUGCCUCGACUCGUUCAAGAGGGACCUGGACGAUGCCACAGGGGGCCGCGAGGGCAGCGCGGCUUCCUUCGCUCAUUCUGCUGCCGCCUGCCUACAGGCCGCCACACUUUCUUUUGAGUCCGACGUUGAGGAUGCUGACGUGGCGCUGUUCAAUUGGUCGGUGGAGGAAGUGAGGGCGAAGCUUAUGGCUGACAUGGAAUCCCACGUGGCGUCGCUGCGAUCGCAGAAGCUUAAACAAAUCGUCACAGAUGCAGAGGCAUCCCUGUCAGAGGCGAUUUCAGAGCCCAUAGCAGCGCUGCUAGAGGCAGUGACGGACAACACGUGGCGGGACAUCAGGGCUGUGUUUUUCCACCAGCUGGACGCCGCCUGCAGCGACGUGGAGCAGGCGGUGGCGGGGUUCCAGCUGGGGGAUGACGAGCAGGCGCGGCUCAAGGCAACGGUGGAGGCGGCGGGGCGCAAGGUGGUGGAGGAGCGCGUGAGACGGGAGAGCCAGCAUGCCCUGUCGCUCAUGAAAGACAGGUUCUUCGCAGUGUUCUCGCAGGACGAUCAGGGUCUGCCACGCAAGUGGACGGAGGGGGACGACAUCAAAGCCAUCGCCUUCGACGCACGCAAGGCGGCGCUGAGGCUGCUAGCAGUGGUGGCGGCCAUGCGUCUGGACACGGUGGACGACUCCAUCGAGCCCACACUCUUGUCUCUUCUGGGGGAGGGCGCACCUGGGGAGGGCGGCGACUCGUCACGCACCCAGGACGGGGAGUCGGGGGAGGGGGAGGGGGAAGUAGAGGAGGAGGGGGAAGGGGAAGUGGGAGGAGAGGGGAAAGGGGGGAGCAGGCGAGUGCAGCGGGUGUUCACAUCGGCAGGGCUGCUGGCUGCUAGCAAGUGGGACAAGAUCGCCCCAGAGUGCACGUUCCUGACGCCAGGGCAGUGCCGGGCGCUGUGGGGCAAGUUCAAGGCGGAGACACAAUACGUGGUGGCGCAGGCCAUGCAGACUCAGGAGGCGAGUCGGCGCAACAACGCAUGGCUGCCCCCGCCGUGGGCCAUUGUAGCCAUGGUGGUGCUGGGGUGGAACGAGUUCAUGGCUGUGCUCAGGUGGGGUGGAACGAGUUCAUGGCUGUGCUCAGGUGGGGUGGAACGAGUUCAUGGCUGUGCUCAGGUGGGGUGGAACGAGUUCAUGGCUGUGCUCAGGUGGGGUGGAACGAGUUCAUGGCUGUGCUCAGGUGGGGUGGAACGAGUUCAUGGCUGUGCUCAGGUGGGGUGGAACGAGUUCAUGGCUGUGCUCAGGUGGGGUGGAACGAGUUCAUGGCUGUGCUCAGGUGGGGUGGAACGAGUUCAUGGCUGUGCUCAGGUGGGGUGGAACGAGUUCAUGGCUGUGCUCAGGUGGGGUGGAACGAGUUCAUGGCUGUGCUCAGGUGGGGUGGAACGAGUUCAUGGCUGUGCUCAGGUGGGGUGGAACGAGUUCAUGGCUGUGCUCAGGUGGGGUGGAACGAGUUCAUGGCUGUGCUCAGGUGGGGUGGAACGAGUUCAUGGCUGUGCUCAGGUGGGGUGGAACGAGUUCAUGGCUGUGCUCAGGUGGGGUGGAACGAGUUCAUGGCUGUGCUCAGGUGGGGUGGAACGAGUUCAUGGCUGUGCUCAGGUGGGGUGGAACGAGUUCAUGGCUGUGCUCAGGUGGGGUGGAACGAGUUCAUGGCUGUGCUCAGGUGGGGUGGAACGAGUUCAUGGCUGUGCUCAGGUGGGGUGGAACGAGUUCAUGGCUGUGCUCAGGUGGGGUGGAACGAGUUCAUGGCUGUGCUCAGGUGGGGUGGAACGAGUUCAUGGCUGUGCUCAGGUGGGGUGGAACGAGUUCAUGGCUGUGCUCAGGUGGGGUGGAACGAGUUCAUGGCUGUGCUCAGGUGGGGUGGAACGAGUUCAUGGCUGUGCUCAGGUGGGGUGGAACGAGUUCAUGGCUGUGCUCAGGUGGGGUGGAACGAGUUCAUGGCUGUGCUCAGGUGGGGUGGAACGAGUUCAUGGCUGUGCUCAGGUGGGGUGGAACGAGUUCAUGGCUGUGCUCAGGUGGGGUGGAACGAGUUCAUGGCUGUGCUCAGGUGGGGUGGAACGAGUUCAUGGCUGUGCUCAGGUGGGGUGGAACGAGUUCAUGGCUGUGCUCAGGUGGGGUGGAACGAGUUCAUGGCUGUGCUCAGGUGGGGUGGAACGAGUUCAUGGCUGUGCUCAGGUGGGGUGGAACGAGUUCAUGGCUGUGCUCAGGUGGGGUGGAACGAGUUCAUGGCUGUGCUCAGGUGGGGUGGAACGAGUUCAUGGCUGUGCUCAGGUGGGGUGGAACGAGUUCAUGGCUGUGCUCAGGUGGGGUGGAACGAGUUCAUGGCUGUGCUCAGGUGGGGUGGAACGAGUUCAUGGCUGUGCUCAGGUGGGGUGGAACGAGUUCAUGGCUGUGCUCAGGUGGGGUGGAACGAGUUCAUGGCUGUGCUCAGGUGGGGUGGAACGAGUUCAUGGCUGUGCUCAGGUGGGGUGGAACGAGUUCAUGGCUGUGCUCAGGUGGGGUGGAACGAGUUCAUGGCUGUGCUCAGGUGGGGUGGAACGAGUUCAUGGCUGUGCUCAGGUGGGGUGGAACGAGUUCAUGGCUGUGCUCAGGUGGGGUGGAACGAGUUCAUGGCUGUGCUCAGGUGGGGUGGAACGAGUUCAUGGCUGUGCUCAGGUGGGGUGGAACGAGUUCAUGGCUGUGCUCAGGUGGGGUGGAACGAGUUCAUGGCUGUGCUCAGGUGGGGUGGAACGAGUUCAUGGCUGUGCUCAGGUGGGGUGGAACGAGUUCAUGGCUGUGCUCAGGUGGGGUGGAACGAGUUCAUGGCUGUGCUCAGGUGGGGUGGAACGAGUUCAUGGCUGUGCUCAGGUGGGGUGGAACGAGUUCAUGGCUGUGCUCAGGUGGGGUGGAACGAGUUCAUGGCUGUGCUCAGGUGGGGUGGAACGAGUUCAUGGCUGUGCUCAGGUGGGGUGGAACGAGUUCAUGGCUGUGCUCAGGUGGGGUGGAACGAGUUCAUGGCUGUGCCCAGGUGGGGUGGAACGAGUUCAUGGCUGUGCCAGGUGGGGUGGAACGAGUUCAUGGCUGUGCUCAGGUGGGGUGGAACGAGUUCAUGGCUGUGCUCAGGUGGGGUGGAACGAGUUCAUGGCUGUGCUCAGGUGGGGUGGAACGAGUUCAUGGCUGUGCUCAGGUGGGGUGGAACGAGUUCAUGGCUGUGCUCAGGUGGGGUGGAACGAGUUCAUGGCUGUGCUCAGGUGGGGUGGAACGAGUUCAUGGCUGUGCUCAGGUGGGGUGGAACGAGUUCAUGGCUGUGCUCAGGUGGGGUGGAACGAGUUCAUGGCUGUGCUCAGGUGGGGUGGAACGAGUUCAUGGCUGUGCUCAGGUGGGGUGGAACGAGUUCAUGGCUGUGCUCAGGUGGGGUGGAACGAGUUCAUGGCUGUGCUCAGGUGGGGUGGAACGAGUUCAUGGCUGUGCUCAGGUGGGGUGGAACGAGUUCAUGGCUGUGCUCAGGUGGGGUGGAACGAGUUCAUGGCUGUGCUCAGGUGGGGUGGAACGAGUUCAUGGCUGUGCUCAGGUGGGGUGGAACGAGUUCAUGGCUGUGCUCAGGUGGGGUGGAACGAGUUCAUGGCUGUGCUCAGGUGGGGUGGAACGAGUUCAUGGCUGUGCUCAGGUGGGGUGGAACGAGUUCAUGGCUGUGCUCAGGUGGGGUGGAACGAGUUCAUGGCUGUGCUCAGGUGGGGUGGAACGAGUUCAUGGCUGUGCUCAGGUGGGGUGGAACGAGUUCAUGGCUGUGCUCAGGUGGGGUGGAACGAGUUCAUGGCUGUGCUCAGGUGGGGUGGAACGAGUUCAUGGCUGUGCUCAGGUGGGGUGGAACGAGUUCAUGGCUGUGCUCAGGUGGGGUGGAACGAGUUCAUGGCUGUGCUCAGGUGGGGUGGAACGAGUUCAUGGCUGUGCUCAGGUGGGGUGGAACGAGUUCAUGGCUGUGCUCAGGUGGGGUGGAACGAGUUCAUGGCUGUGCUCAGGUGGGGUGGAACGAGUUCAUGGCUGUGCUCAGGUGGGGUGGAACGAGUUCAUGGCUGUGCUCAGGUGGGGUGGAACGAGUUCAUGGCUGUGCUCAGGUGGGGUGGAACGAGUUCAUGGCUGUGCUCAGGUGGGGUGGAACGAGUUCAUGGCUGUGCUCAGGUGGGGUGGAACGAGUUCAUGGCUGUGCUCAGGUGGGGUGGAACGAGUUCAUGGCUGUGCUCAGGUGGGGUGGAACGAGUUCAUGGCUGUGCUCAGGUGGGGUGGAACGAGUUCAUGGCUGUGCUCAGGUGGGGUGGAACGAGUUCAUGGCUGUGCUCAGGUGGGGUGGAACGAGUUCAUGGCUGUGCUCAGGUGGGGUGGAACGAGUUCAUGGCUGUGCUCAGGUGGGGUGGAACGAGUUCAUGGCUGUGCUCAGGUGGGGUGGAACGAGUUCAUGGCUGUGCUCAGGUGGGGUGGAACGAGUUCAUGGCUGUGCUCAGGUGGGGUGGAACGAGUUCAUGGCUGUGCUCAGGUGGGGUGGAACGAGUUCAUGGCUGUGCUCAGGUGGGGUGGAACGAGUUCAUGGCUGUGCUCAGGUGGGGUGGAACGAGUUCAUGGCUGUGCUCAGGUGGGGUGGAACGAGUUCAUGGCUGUGCUCAGGUGGGGUGGAACGAGUUCAUGGCUGUGCUCAGGUGGGGUGGAACGAGUUCAUGGCUGUGCUCAGGUGGGGUGGAACGAGUUCAUGGCUGUGCUCAGGUGGGGUGGAACGAGUUCAUGGCUGUGCUCAGGUGGGGUGGAACGAGUUCAUGGCUGUGCUCAGGUGGGGUGGAACGAGUUCAUGGCUGUGCUCAGGUGGGGUGGAACGAGUUCAUGGCUGUGCUCAGGUGGGGUGGAACGAGUUCAUGGCUGUGCUCAGGUGGGGUGGAACGAGUUCAUGGCUGUGCUCAGGUGGGGUGGAACGAGUUCAUGGCUGUGCUCAGGUGGGGUGGAACGAGUUCAUGGCUGUGCUCAGGUGGGGUGGAACGAGUUCAUGGCUGUGCUCAGGUGGGGUGGAACGAGUUCAUGGCUGUGCUCAGGUGGGGUGGAACGAGUUCAUGGCUGUGCUCAGGUGGGGUGGAACGAGUUCAUGGCUGUGCUCAGGUGGGGUGGAACGAGUUCAUGGCUGUGCUCAGGUGGGGUGGAACGAGUUCAUGGCUGUGCUCAGGUGGGGUGGAACGAGUUCAUGGCUGUGCUCAGGUGGGGUGGAACGAGUUCAUGGCUGUGCUCAGGUGGGGUGGAACGAGUUCAUGGCUGUGCUCAGGUGGGGUGGAACGAGUUCAUGGCUGUGCUCAGGUGGGGUGGAACGAGUUCAUGGCUGUGCUCAGGUGGGGUGGAACGAGUUCAUGGCUGUGCUCAGGUGGGGUGGAACGAGUUCAUGGCUGUGCUCAGGUGGGGUGGAACGAGUUCAUGGCUGUGCUCAGGUGGGGUGGAACGAGUUCAUGGCUGUGCUCAGGUGGGGUGGAACGAGUUCAUGGCUGUGCUCAGGUGGGGUGGAACGAGUUCAUGGCUGUGCUCAGGUGGGGUGGAACGAGUUCAUGGCUGUGCUCAGGUGGGGUGGAACGAGUUCAUGGCUGUGCUCAGGUGGGGUGGAACGAGUUCAUGGCUGUGCUCAGGUGGGGUGGAACGAGUUCAUGGCUGUGCUCAGGUGGGGUGGAACGAGUUCAUGGCUGUGCUCAGGUGGGGUGGAACGAGUUCAUGGCUGUGCUCAGGUGGGGUGGAACGAGUUCAUGGCUGUGCUCAGGUGGGGUGGAACGAGUUCAUGGCUGUGCUCAGGUGGGGUGGAACGAGUUCAUGGCUGUGCUCAGGUGGGGUGGAACGAGUUCAUGGCUGUGCUCAGGUGGGGUGGAACGAGUUCAUGGCUGUGCUCAGGUGGGGUGGAACGAGUUCAUGGCUGUGCUCAGGUGGGGUGGAACGAGUUCAUGGCUGUGCUCAGGUGGGGUGGAACGAGUUCAUGGCUGUGCUCAGGUGGGGUGGAACGAGUUCAUGGCUGUGCUCAGGUGGGGUGGAACGAGUUCAUGGCUGUGCUCAGGUGGGGUGGAACGAGUUCAUGGCUGUGCUCAGGUGGGGUGGAACGAGUUCAUGGCUGUGCUCAGGUGGGGUGGAACGAGUUCAUGGCUGUGCUCAGGUGGGGUGGAACGAGUUCAUGGCUGUGCUCAGGUGGGGUGGAACGAGUUCAUGGCUGUGCUCAGGUGGGGUGGAACGAGUUCAUGGCUGUGCUCAGGUGGGGUGGAACGAGUUCAUGGCUGUGCUCAGGUGGGGUGGAACGAGUUCAUGGCUGUGCUCAGGUGGGGUGGAACGAGUUCAUGGCUGUGCUCAGGUGGGGUGGAACGAGUUCAUGGCUGUGCUCAGGUGGGGUGGAACGAGUUCAUGGCUGUGCUCAGGUGGGGUGGAACGAGUUCAUGGCUGUGCUCAGGUGGGGUGGAACGAGUUCAUGGCUGUGCUCAGGUGGGGUGGAACGAGUUCAUGGCUGUGCUCAGGUGGGGUGGAACGAGUUCAUGGCUGUGCUCAGGUGGGGUGGAACGAGUUCAUGGCUGUGCUCAGGUGGGGUGGAACGAGUUCAUGGCUGUGCUCAGGUGGGGUGGAACGAGUUCAUGGCUGUGCUCAGGUGGGGUGGAACGAGUUCAUGGCUGUGCUCAGGUGGGGUGGAACGAGUUCAUGGCUGUGCUCAGGUGGGGUGGAACGAGUUCAUGGCUGUGCUCAGGUGGGGUGGAACGAGUUCAUGGCUGUGCUCAGGUGGGGUGGAACGAGUUCAUGGCUGUGCUCAGGUGGGGUGGAACGAGUUCAUGGCUGUGCUCAGGUGGGGUGGAACGAGUUCAUGGCUGUGCUCAGGUGGGGUGGAACGAGUUCAUGGCUGUGCUCAGGUGGGGUGGAACGAGUUCAUGGCUGUGCUCAGGUGGGGUGGAACGAGUUCAUGGCUGUGCUCAGGUGGGGUGGAACGAGUUCAUGGCUGUGCUCAGGUGGGGUGGAACGAGUUCAUGGCUGUGCUCAGGUGGGGUGGAACGAGUUCAUGGCUGUGCUCAGGUGGGGUGGAACGAGUUCAUGGCUGUGCUCAGGUGGGGUGGAACGAGUUCAUGGCUGUGCUCAGGUGGGGUGGAACGAGUUCAUGGCUGUGCUCAGGUGGGGUGGAACGAGUUCAUGGCUGUGCUCAGGUGGGGUGGAACGAGUUCAUGGCUGUGCUCAGGUGGGGUGGAACGAGUUCAUGGCUGUGCUCAGGUGGGGUGGAACGAGUUCAUGGCUGUGCUCAGGUGGGGUGGAACGAGUUCAUGGCUGUGCUCAGGUGGGGUGGAACGAGUUCAUGGCUGUGCUCAGGUGGGGUGGAACGAGUUCAUGGCUGUGCUCAGGUGGGGUGGAACGAGUUCAUGGCUGUGCUCAGGUGGGGUGGAACGAGUUCAUGGCUGUGCUCAGGUGGGGUGGAACGAGUUCAUGGCUGUGCUCAGGUGGGGUGGAACGAGUUCAUGGCUGUGCUCAGGUGGGGUGGAACGAGUUCAUGGCUGUGCUCAGGUGGGGUGGAACGAGUUCAUGGCUGUGCUCAGGUGGGGUGGAACGAGUUCAUGGCUGUGCUCAGGUGGGGUGGAACGAGUUCAUGGCUGUGCUCAGGUGGGGUGGAACGAGUUCAUGGCUGUGCUCAGGUGGGGUGGAACGAGUUCAUGGCUGUGCUCAGGUGGGGUGGAACGAGUUCAUGGCUGUGCUCAGGUGGGGUGGAACGAGUUCAUGGCUGUGCUCAGGUGGGGUGGAACGAGUUCAUGGCUGUGCUCAGGUGGGGUGGAACGAGUUCAUGGCUGUGCUCAGGUGGGGUGGAACGAGUUCAUGGCUGUGCUCAGGUGGGGUGGAACGAGUUCAUGGCUGUGCUCAGGUGGGGUGGAACGAGUUCAUGGCUGUGCUCAGGUGGGGUGGAACGAGUUCAUGGCUGUGCUCAGGUGGGGUGGAACGAGUUCAUGGCUGUGCUCAGGUGGGGUGGAACGAGUUCAUGGCUGUGCUCAGGUGGGGUGGAACGAGUUCAUGGCUGUGCUCAGGUGGGGUGGAACGAGUUCAUGGCUGUGCUCAGGUGGGGUGGAACGAGUUCAUGGCUGUGCUCAGGUGGGGUGGAACGAGUUCAUGGCUGUGCUCAGGUGGGGUGGAACGAGUUCAUGGCUGUGCUCAGGUGGGGUGGAACGAGUUCAUGGCUGUGCUCAGGUGGGGUGGAACGAGUUCAUGGCUGUGCUCAGGUGGGGUGGAACGAGUUCAUGGCUGUGCUCAGGUGGGGUGGAACGAGUUCAUGGCUGUGCUCAGGUGGGGUGGAACGAGUUCAUGGCUGUGCUCAGGUGGGGUGGAACGAGUUCAUGGCUGUGCUCAGGUGGGGUGGAACGAGUUCAUGGCUGUGCUCAGGUGGGGUGGAACGAGUUCAUGGCUGUGCUCAGGUGGGGUGGAACGAGUUCAUGGCUGUGCUCAGGUGGGGUGGAACGAGUUCAUGGCUGUGCUCAGGUGGGGUGGAACGAGUUCAUGGCUGUGCUCAGGUGGGGUGGAACGAGUUCAUGGCUGUGCUCAGGUGGGGUGGAACGAGUUCAUGGCUGUGCUCAGGUGGGGUGGAACGAGUUCAUGGCUGUGCUCAGGUGGGGUGGAACGAGUUCAUGGCUGUGCUCAGGUGGGGUGGAACGAGUUCAUGGCUGUGCUCAGGUGGGGUGGAACGAGUUCAUGGCUGUGCUCAGGUGGGGUGGAACGAGUUCAUGGCUGUGCUCAGGUGGGGUGGAACGAGUUCAUGGCUGUGCUCAGGUGGGGUGGAACGAGUUCAUGGCUGUGCUCAGGUGGGGUGGAACGAGUUCAUGGCUGUGCUCAGGUGGGGUGGAACGAGUUCAUGGCUGUGCUCAGGUGGGGUGGAACGAGUUCAUGGCUGUGCUCAGGUGGGGUGGAACGAGUUCAUGGCUGUGCUCAGGUGGGGUGGAACGAGUUCAUGGCUGUGCUCAGGUGGGGUGGAACGAGUUCAUGGCUGUGCUCAGGUGGGGUGGAACGAGUUCAUGGCUGUGCUCAGGUGGGGUGGAACGAGUUCAUGGCUGUGCUCAGGUGGGGUGGAACGAGUUCAUGGCUGUGCUCAGGUGGGGUGGAACGAGUUCAUGGCUGUGCUCAGGUGGGGUGGAACGAGUUCAUGGCUGUGCUCAGGUGGGGUGGAACGAGUUCAUGGCUGUGCUCAGGUGGGGUGGAACGAGUUCAUGGCUGUGCUCAGGUGGGGUGGAACGAGUUCAUGGCUGUGCUCAGGUGGGGUGGAACGAGUUCAUGGCUGUGCUCAGGUGGGGUGGAACGAGUUCAUGGCUGUGCUCAGGUGGGGUGGAACGAGUUCAUGGCUGUGCUCAGGUGGGGUGGAACGAGUUCAUGGCUGUGCUCAGGUGGGGUGGAACGAGUUCAUGGCUGUGCUCAGGUGGGGUGGAACGAGUUCAUGGCUGUGCUCAGGUGGGGUGGAACGAGUUCAUGGCUGUGCUCAGGUGGGGUGGAACGAGUUCAUGGCUGUGCUCAGGUGGGGUGGAACGAGUUCAUGGCUGUGCUCAGGUGGGGUGGAACGAGUUCAUGGCUGUGCUCAGGUGGGGUGGAACGAGUUCAUGGCUGUGCUCAGGUGGGGUGGAACGAGUUCAUGGCUGUGCUCAGGUGGGGUGGAACGAGUUCAUGGCUGUGCUCAGGUGGGGUGGAACGAGUUCAUGGCUGUGCUCAGGUGGGGUGGAACGAGUUCAUGGCUGUGCUCAGGUGGGGUGGAACGAGUUCAUGGCUGUGCUCAGGUGGGGUGGAACGAGUUCAUGGCUGUGCUCAGGUGGGGUGGAACGAGUUCAUGGCUGUGCUCAGGUGGGGUGGAACGAGUUCAUGGCUGUGCUCAGGUGGGGUGGAACGAGUUCAUGGCUGUGCUCAGGUGGGGUGGAACGAGUUCAUGGCUGUGCUCAGGUGGGGUGGAACGAGUUCAUGGCUGUGCUCAGGUGGGGUGGAACGAGUUCAUGGCUGUGCUCAGGUGGGGUGGAACGAGUUCAUGGCUGUGCUCAGGUGGGGUGGAACGAGUUCAUGGCUGUGCUCAGGUGGGGUGGAACGAGUUCAUGGCUGUGCUCAGGUGGGGUGGAACGAGUUCAUGGCUGUGCUCAGGUGGGGUGGAACGAGUUCAUGGCUGUGCUCAGGUGGGGUGGAACGAGUUCAUGGCUGUGCUCAGGUGGGGUGGAACGAGUUCAUGGCUGUGCUCAGGUGGGGUGGAACGAGUUCAUGGCUGUGCUCAGGUGGGGUGGAACGAGUUCAUGGCUGUGCUCAGGUGGGGUGGAACGAGUUCAUGGCUGUGCUCAGGUGGGGUGGAACGAGUUCAUGGCUGUGCUCAGGUGGGGUGGAACGAGUUCAUGGCUGUGCUCAGGUGGGGUGGAACGAGUUCAUGGCUGUGCUCAGGUGGGGUGGAACGAGUUCAUGGCUGUGCUCAGGUGGGGUGGAACGAGUUCAUGGCUGUGCUCAGGUGGGGUGGAACGAGUUCAUGGCUGUGCUCAGGUGGGGUGGAACGAGUUCAUGGCUGUGCUCAGGUGGGGUGGAACGAGUUCAUGGCUGUGCUCAGGUGGGGUGGAACGAGUUCAUGGCUGUGCUCAGGUGGGGUGGAACGAGUUCAUGGCUGUGCUCAGGUGGGGUGGAACGAGUUCAUGGCUGUGCUCAGGUGGGGUGGAACGAGUUCAUGGCUGUGCUCAGGUGGGGUGGAACGAGUUCAUGGCUGUGCUCAGGUGGGGUGGAACGAGUUCAUGGCUGUGCUCAGGUGGGGUGGAACGAGUUCAUGGCUGUGCUCAGGUGGGGUGGAACGAGUUCAUGGCUGUGCUCAGGUGGGGUGGAACGAGUUCAUGGCUGUGCUCAGGUGGGGUGGAACGAGUUCAUGGCUGUGCUCAGGUGGGGUGGAACGAGUUCAUGGCUGUGCUCAGGUGGGGUGGAACGAGUUCAUGGCUGUGCUCAGGUGGGGUGGAACGAGUUCAUGGCUGUGCUCAGGUGGGGUGGAACGAGUUCAUGGCUGUGCUCAGGUGGGGUGGAACGAGUUCAUGGCUGUGCUCAGGUGGGGUGGAACGAGUUCAUGGCUGUGCUCAGGUGGGGUGGAACGAGUUCAUGGCUGUGCUCAGGUGGGGUGGAACGAGUUCAUGGCUGUGCUCAGGUGGGGUGGAACGAGUUCAUGGCUGUGCUCAGGUGGGGUGGAACGAGUUCAUGGCUGUGCUCAGGUGGGGUGGAACGAGUUCAUGGCUGUGCUCAGGUGGGGUGGAACGAGUUCAUGGCUGUGCUCAGGUGGGGUGGAACGAGUUCAUGGCUGUGCUCAGGUGGGGUGGAACGAGUUCAUGGCUGUGCUCAGGUGGGGUGGAACGAGUUCAUGGCUGUGCUCAGGUGGGGUGGAACGAGUUCAUGGCUGUGCUCAGGUGGGGUGGAACGAGUUCAUGGCUGUGCUCAGGUGGGGUGGAACGAGUUCAUGGCUGUGCUCAGGUGGGGUGGAACGAGUUCAUGGCUGUGCUCAGGUGGGGUGGAACGAGUUCAUGGCUGUGCUCAGGUGGGGUGGAACGAGUUCAUGGCUGUGCUCAGGUGGGGUGGAACGAGUUCAUGGCUGUGCUCAGGUGGGGUGGAACGAGUUCAUGGCUGUGCUCAGGUGGGGUGGAACGAGUUCAUGGCUGUGCUCAGGUGGGGUGGAACGAGUUCAUGGCUGUGCUCAGGUGGGGUGGAACGAGUUCAUGGCUGUGCUCAGGUGGGGUGGAACGAGUUCAUGGCUGUGCUCAGGUGGGGUGGAACGAGUUCAUGGCUGUGCUCAGGUGGGGUGGAACGAGUUCAUGGCUGUGCUCAGGUGGGGUGGAACGAGUUCAUGGCUGUGCUCAGGUGGGGUGGAACGAGUUCAUGGCUGUGCUCAGGUGGGGUGGAACGAGUUCAUGGCUGUGCUCAGGUGGGGUGGAACGAGUUCAUGGCUGUGCUCAGGUGGGGUGGAACGAGUUCAUGGCUGUGCUCAGGUGGGGUGGAACGAGUUCAUGGCUGUGCUCAGGUGGGGUGGAACGAGUUCAUGGCUGUGCUCAGGUGGGGUGGAACGAGUUCAUGGCUGUGCUCAGGUGGGGUGGAACGAGUUCAUGGCUGUGCUCAGGUGGGGUGGAACGAGUUCAUGGCUGUGCUCAGGUGGGGUGGAACGAGUUCAUGGCUGUGCUCAGGUGGGGUGGAACGAGUUCAUGGCUGUGCUCAGGUGGGGUGGAACGAGUUCAUGGCUGUGCUCAGGUGGGGUGGAACGAGUUCAUGGCUGUGCUCAGGUGGGGUGGAACGAGUUCAUGGCUGUGCUCAGGUGGGGUGGAACGAGUUCAUGGCUGUGCUCAGGUGGGGUGGAACGAGUUCAUGGCUGUGCUCAGGUGGGGUGGAACGAGUUCAUGGCUGUGCUCAGGUGGGGUGGAACGAGUUCAUGGCUGUGCUCAGGUGGGGUGGAACGAGUUCAUGGCUGUGCUCAGGUGGGGUGGAACGAGUUCAUGGCUGUGCUCAGGUGGGGUGGAACGAGUUCAUGGCUGUGCUCAGGUGGGGUGGAACGAGUUCAUGGCUGUGCUCAGGUGGGGUGGAACGAGUUCAUGGCUGUGCUCAGGUGGGGUGGAACGAGUUCAUGGCUGUGCUCAGGUGGGGUGGAACGAGUUCAUGGCUGUGCUCAGGUGGGGUGGAACGAGUUCAUGGCUGUGCUCAGGUGGGGUGGAACGAGUUCAUGGCUGUGCUCAGGUGGGGUGGAACGAGUUCAUGGCUGUGCUCAGGUGGGGUGGAACGAGUUCAUGGCUGUGCUCAGGUGGGGUGGAACGAGUUCAUGGCUGUGCUCAGGUGGGGUGGAACGAGUUCAUGGCUGUGCUCAGGUGGGGUGGAACGAGUUCAUGGCUGUGCUCAGGUGGGGUGGAACGAGUUCAUGGCUGUGCUCAGGUGGGGUGGAACGAGUUCAUGGCUGUGCUCAGGUGGGGUGGAACGAGUUCAUGGCUGUGCUCAGGUGGGGUGGAACGAGUUCAUGGCUGUGCUCAGGUGGGGUGGAACGAGUUCAUGGCUGUGCUCAGGUGGGGUGGAACGAGUUCAUGGCUGUGCUCAGGUGGGGUGGAACGAGUUCAUGGCUGUGCUCAGGUGGGGUGGAACGAGUUCAUGGCUGUGCUCAGGUGGGGUGGAACGAGUUCAUGGCUGUGCUCAGGUGGGGUGGAACGAGUUCAUGGCUGUGCUCAGGUGGGGUGGAACGAGUUCAUGGCUGUGCUCAGGUGGGGUGGAACGAGUUCAUGGCUGUGCUCAGGUGGGGUGGAACGAGUUCAUGGCUGUGCUCAGGUGGGGUGGAACGAGUUCAUGGCUGUGCUCAGGUGGGGUGGAACGAGUUCAUGGCUGUGCUCAGGUGGGGUGGAACGAGUUCAUGGCUGUGCUCAGGUGGGGUGGAACGAGUUCAUGGCUGUGCUCAGGUGGGGUGGAACGAGUUCAUGGCUGUGCUCAGGUGGGGUGGAACGAGUUCAUGGCUGUGCUCAGGUGGGGUGGAACGAGUUCAUGGCUGUGCUCAGGUGGGGUGGAACGAGUUCAUGGCUGUGCUCAGGUGGGGUGGAACGAGUUCAUGGCUGUGCUCAGGUGGGGUGGAACGAGUUCAUGGCUGUGCUCAGGUGGGGUGGAACGAGUUCAUGGCUGUGCUCAGGUGGGGUGGAACGAGUUCAUGGCUGUGCUCAGGUGGGGUGGAACGAGUUCAUGGCUGUGCUCAGGUGGGGUGGAACGAGUUCAUGGCUGUGCUCAGGUGGGGUGGAACGAGUUCAUGGCUGUGCUCAGGUGGGGUGGAACGAGUUCAUGGCUGUGCUCAGGUGGGGUGGAACGAGUUCAUGGCUGUGCUCAGGUGGGGUGGAACGAGUUCAUGGCUGUGCUCAGGUGGGGUGGAACGAGUUCAUGGCUGUGCUCAGGUGGGGUGGAACGAGUUCAUGGCUGUGCUCAGGUGGGGUGGAACGAGUUCAUGGCUGUGCUCAGGUGGGGUGGAACGAGUUCAUGGCUGUGCUCAGGUGGGGUGGAACGAGUUCAUGGCUGUGCUCAGGUGGGGUGGAACGAGUUCAUGGCUGUGCUCAGGUGGGGUGGAACGAGUUCAUGGCUGUGCUCAGGUGGGGUGGAACGAGUUCAUGGCUGUGCUCAGGUGGGGUGGAACGAGUUCAUGGCUGUGCUCAGGUGGGGUGGAACGAGUUCAUGGCUGUGCUCAGGUGGGGUGGAACGAGUUCAUGGCUGUGCUCAGGUGGGGUGGAACGAGUUCAUGGCUGUGCUCAGGUGGGGUGGAACGAGUUCAUGGCUGUGCUCAGGUGGGGUGGAACGAGUUCAUGGCUGUGCUCAGGUGGGGUGGAACGAGUUCAUGGCUGUGCUCAGGUGGGGUGGAACGAGUUCAUGGCUGUGCUCAGGUGGGGUGGAACGAGUUCAUGGCUGUGCUCAGGUGGGGUGGAACGAGUUCAUGGCUGUGCUCAGGUGGGGUGGAACGAGUUCAUGGCUGUGCUCAGGUGGGGUGGAACGAGUUCAUGGCUGUGCUCAGGUGGGGUGGAACGAGUUCAUGGCUGUGCUCAGGUGGGGUGGAACGAGUUCAUGGCUGUGCUCAGGUGGGGUGGAACGAGUUCAUGGCUGUGCUCAGGUGGGGUGGAACGAGUUCAUGGCUGUGCUCAGGUGGGGUGGAACGAGUUCAUGGCUGUGCUCAGGUGGGGUGGAACGAGUUCAUGGCUGUGCUCAGGUGGGGUGGAACGAGUUCAUGGCUGUGCUCAGGUGGGGUGGAACGAGUUCAUGGCUGUGCUCAGGUGGGGUGGAACGAGUUCAUGGCUGUGCUCAGGUGGGGUGGAACGAGUUCAUGGCUGUGCUCAGGUGGGGUGGAACGAGUUCAUGGCUGUGCUCAGGUGGGGUGGAACGAGUUCAUGGCUGUGCUCAGGUGGGGUGGAACGAGUUCAUGGCUGUGCUCAGGUGGGGUGGAACGAGUUCAUGGCUGUGCUCAGGUGGGGUGGAACGAGUUCAUGGCUGUGCUCAGGUGGGGUGGAACGAGUUCAUGGCUGUGCUCAGGUGGGGUGGAACGAGUUCAUGGCUGUGCUCAGGUGGGGUGGAACGAGUUCAUGGCUGUGCUCAGGUGGGGUGGAACGAGUUCAUGGCUGUGCUCAGGUGGGGUGGAACGAGUUCAUGGCUGUGCUCAGGUGGGGUGGAACGAGUUCAUGGCUGUGCUCAGGUGGGGUGGAACGAGUUCAUGGCUGUGCUCAGGUGGGGUGGAACGAGUUCAUGGCUGUGCUCAGGUGGGGUGGAACGAGUUCAUGGCUGUGCUCAGGUGGGGUGGAACGAGUUCAUGGCUGUGCUCAGGUGGGGUGGAACGAGUUCAUGGCUGUGCUCAGGUGGGGUGGAACGAGUUCAUGGCUGUGCUCAGGUGGGGUGGAACGAGUUCAUGGCUGUGCUCAGGUGGGGUGGAACGAGUUCAUGGCUGUGCUCAGGUGGGGUGGAACGAGUUCAUGGCUGUGCUCAGGUGGGGUGGAACGAGUUCAUGGCUGUGCUCAGGUGGGGUGGAACGAGUUCAUGGCUGUGCUCAGGUGGGGUGGAACGAGUUCAUGGCUGUGCUCAGGUGGGGUGGAACGAGUUCAUGGCUGUGCUCAGGUGGGGUGGAACGAGUUCAUGGCUGUGCUCAGGUGGGGUGGAACGAGUUCAUGGCUGUGCUCAGGUGGGGUGGAACGAGUUCAUGGCUGUGCUCAGGUGGGGUGGAACGAGUUCAUGGCUGUGCUCAGGUGGGGUGGAACGAGUUCAUGGCUGUGCUCAGGUGGGGUGGAACGAGUUCAUGGCUGUGCUCAGGUGGGGUGGAACGAGUUCAUGGCUGUGCUCAGGUGGGGUGGAACGAGUUCAUGGCUGUGCUCAGGUGGGGUGGAACGAGUUCAUGGCUGUGCUCAGGUGGGGUGGAACGAGUUCAUGGCUGUGCUCAGGUGGGGUGGAACGAGUUCAUGGCUGUGCUCAGGUGGGGUGGAACGAGUUCAUGGCUGUGCUCAGGUGGGGUGGAACGAGUUCAUGGCUGUGCUCAGGUGGGGUGGAACGAGUUCAUGGCUGUGCUCAGGUGGGGUGGAACGAGUUCAUGGCUGUGCUCAGGUGGGGUGGAACGAGUUCAUGGCUGUGCUCAGGUGGGGUGGAACGAGUUCAUGGCUGUGCUCAGGUGGGGUGGAACGAGUUCAUGGCUGUGCUCAGGUGGGGUGGAACGAGUUCAUGGCUGUGCUCAGGUGGGGUGGAACGAGUUCAUGGCUGUGCUCAGGUGGGGUGGAACGAGUUCAUGGCUGUGCUCAGGUGGGGUGGAACGAGUUCAUGGCUGUGCUCAGGUGGGGUGGAACGAGUUCAUGGCUGUGCUCAGGUGGGGUGGAACGAGUUCAUGGCUGUGCUCAGGUGGGGUGGAACGAGUUCAUGGCUGUGCUCAGGUGGGGUGGAACGAGUUCAUGGCUGUGCUCAGGUGGGGUGGAACGAGUUCAUGGCUGUGCUCAGGUGGGGUGGAACGAGUUCAUGGCUGUGCUCAGGUGGGGUGGAACGAGUUCAUGGCUGUGCUCAGGUGGGGUGGAACGAGUUCAUGGCUGUGCUCAGGUGGGGUGGAACGAGUUCAUGGCUGUGCUCAGGUGGGGUGGAACGAGUUCAUGGCUGUGCUCAGGUGGGGUGGAACGAGUUCAUGGCUGUGCUCAGGUGGGGUGGAACGAGUUCAUGGCUGUGCUCAGGUGGGGUGGAACGAGUUCAUGGCUGUGCUCAGGUGGGGUGGAACGAGUUCAUGGCUGUGCUCAGGUGGGGUGGAACGAGUUCAUGGCUGUGCUCAGGUGGGGUGGAACGAGUUCAUGGCUGUGCUCAGGUGGGGUGGAACGAGUUCAUGGCUGUGCUCAGGUGGGGUGGAACGAGUUCAUGGCUGUGCUCAGGUGGGGUGGAACGAGUUCAUGGCUGUGCUCAGGUGGGGUGGAACGAGUUCAUGGCUGUGCUCAGGUGGGGUGGAACGAGUUCAUGGCUGUGCUCAGGUGGGGUGGAACGAGUUCAUGGCUGUGCUCAGGUGGGGUGGAACGAGUUCAUGGCUGUGCUCAGGUGGGGUGGAACGAGUUCAUGGCUGUGCUCAGGUGGGGUGGAACGAGUUCAUGGCUGUGCUCAGGUGGGGUGGAACGAGUUCAUGGCUGUGCUCAGGUGGGGUGGAACGAGUUCAUGGCUGUGCUCAGGUGGGGUGGAACGAGUUCAUGGCUGUGCUCAGGUGGGGUGGAACGAGUUCAUGGCUGUGCUCAGGUGGGGUGGAACGAGUUCAUGGCUGUGCUCAGGUGGGGUGGAACGAGUUCAUGGCUGUGCUCAGGUGGGGUGGAACGAGUUCAUGGCUGUGCUCAGGUGGGGUGGAACGAGUUCAUGGCUGUGCUCAGGUGGGGUGGAACGAGUUCAUGGCUGUGCUCAGGUGGGGUGGAACGAGUUCAUGGCUGUGCUCAGGUGGGGUGGAACGAGUUCAUGGCUGUGCUCAGGUGGGGUGGAACGAGUUCAUGGCUGUGCUCAGGUGGGGUGGAACGAGUUCAUGGCUGUGCUCAGGUGGGGUGGAACGAGUUCAUGGCUGUGCUCAGGUGGGGUGGAACGAGUUCAUGGCUGUGCUCAGGUGGGGUGGAACGAGUUCAUGGCUGUGCUCAGGUGGGGUGGAACGAGUUCAUGGCUGUGCUCAGGUGGGGUGGAACGAGUUCAUGGCUGUGCUCAGGUGGGGUGGAACGAGUUCAUGGCUGUGCUCAGGUGGGGUGGAACGAGUUCAUGGCUGUGCUCAGGUGGGGUGGAACGAGUUCAUGGCUGUGCUCAGGUGGGGUGGAACGAGUUCAUGGCUGUGCUCAGGUGGGGUGGAACGAGUUCAUGGCUGUGCUCAGGUGGGGUGGAACGAGUUCAUGGCUGUGCUCAGGUGGGGUGGAACGAGUUCAUGGCUGUGCUCAGGUGGGGUGGAACGAGUUCAUGGCUGUGCUCAGGUGGGGUGGAACGAGUUCAUGGCUGUGCUCAGGUGGGGUGGAACGAGUUCAUGGCUGUGCUCAGGUGGGGUGGAACGAGUUCAUGGCUGUGCUCAGGUGGGGUGGAACGAGUUCAUGGCUGUGCUCAGGUGGGGUGGAACGAGUUCAUGGCUGUGCUCAGGUGGGGUGGAACGAGUUCAUGGCUGUGCUCAGGUGGGGUGGAACGAGUUCAUGGCUGUGCUCAGGUGGGGUGGAACGAGUUCAUGGCUGUGCUCAGGUGGGGUGGAACGAGUUCAUGGCUGUGCUCAGGUGGGGUGGAACGAGUUCAUGGCUGUGCUCAGGUGGGGUGGAACGAGUUCAUGGCUGUGCUCAGGUGGGGUGGAACGAGUUCAUGGCUGUGCUCAGGUGGGGUGGAACGAGUUCAUGGCUGUGCUCAGGUGGGGUGGAACGAGUUCAUGGCUGUGCUCAGGUGGGGUGGAACGAGUUCAUGGCUGUGCUCAGGUGGGGUGGAACGAGUUCACGGCUGUGCUCAGGUGGGGUGGAACGAGUUCACGGCUGUGCUCAGGUGGGGUGGAACGAGUUCACGGCUGUGCUCAGGUGGGGUGGAACGAGUUCACGGCUGUGCUCAGGUGGGGUGGAACGAGUUCACGGCUGUGCUCAGGUGGGGUGGAACGAGUUCACGGCUGUGCUCAGGUGGGGUGGAACGAGUUCACGGCUGUGCUCAGGUGGGGUGGAACGAGUUCACGGCUGUGCUCAGGUGGGGUGGAACGAGUUCACGGCUGUGCUCAGGUGGGGUGGAACGAGUUCACGGCUGUGCUCAGGUGGGGUGGAACGAGUUCACGGCUGUGCUCAGGUGGGGUGGAACGAGUUCACGGCUGUGCUCAGGUGGGGUGGAACGAGUUCACGGCUGUGCUCAGGUGGGGUGGAACGAGUUCACGGCUGUGCUCAGGUGGGGUGGAACGAGUUCACGGCUGUGCUCAGGUGGGGUGGAACGAGUUCACGGCUGUGCUCAGGUGGGGUGGAACGAGUUCACGGCUGUGCUCAGGUGGGGUGGAACGAGUUCACGGCUGUGCUCAGGUGGGGUGGAACGAGUUCACGGCUGUGCUCAGGUGGGGUGGAACGAGUUCACGGCUGUGCUCAGGUGGGGUGGAACGAGUUCAUGGCUGUGCUCAGGUGGGGUGGAACGAGUUCAUGGCUGUGCUCAGGUGGGGUGGAACGAGUUCAUGGCUGUGCUCAGGUGGGGUGGAACGAGUUCAUGGCUGUGCUCAGGUGGGGUGGAACGAGUUCAUGGCUGUGCUCAGGUGGGGUGGAACGAGUUCAUGGCUGUGCUCAGGUGGGGUGGAACGAGUUCAUGGCUGUGCUCAGGUGGGGUGGAACGAGUUCAUGGCUGUGCUCAGGUGGGGUGGAACGAGUUCAUGGCUGUGCUCAGGUGGGGUGGAACGAGUUCAUGGCUGUGCUCAGGUGGGGUGGAACGAGUUCAUGGCUGUGCUCAGGUGGGGUGGAACGAGUUCAUGGCUGUGCUCAGGUGGGGUGGAACGAGUUCAUGGCUGUGCUCAGGUGGGGUGGAACGAGUUCAUGGCUGUGCUCAGGUGGGGUGGAACGAGUUCAUGGCUGUGCUCAGGUGGGGUGGAACGAGUUCAUGGCUGUGCUCAGGAACCCCGUGCUGCUGCUGCUGGGAGUGUUUGUCUUCUUCAUGGGGCGCGAGGUCAUGGCUCAGCUGGACCUGGGAGGCAUCUUUGACAACGGCCUGGUUCCGGGCUUCAUCACUCUUGCAGCGCGGGCAGGCCCCAUAAUCAUCUCCGUGCUGCGGCAGCUGGGCGAGCAGGCAGAGGCGGCUCUGAGCGCGCACAACGCCCCCGUGCCAGGCCCCCUGCGCCCCAACUGGCGCAGCGAGGGGGAUGAGGAUGGCGGCGAUGUGGCGAUGCGGGAUUUCAGUGCGGGGAGCAGCGGGGAGGCGGGGCUGAGGCAACGAGGGAGCAGGCGGGAGGGAGAGGGCAGCUGA